AAAAUUCAUGUACUCAGUUGUAUGUCAUUGUAAAGCAAAGAUAGGUCAGCAUUUGCAUUGGCGUUGCCGAAUGAUGACUAGAUUUUCACAUUUUGUAUAUAUACAUACCUAAACACACACACACACAUUUUGUUAUAUAUACGUUGCGGUUUUUUGUUAUUUUAAUUUAUAUAGUAAACUAAAAAUAUUUACUAAACACUUUGUUGUUAACUCACAUACGUUUGCAACAGGUAUUUAUUGUUUCUAUUCUACAUUGUCUUAAUGUAGUGUAUUUAAAUGUAAUUUAUAAACUAGCAUACUUAAAUUUUAUUUUGACUGUUUUGCUCAGCUGGAGUAACCUUUUAUUUUUUUAAAAAGACUUGACCUACUUUUUUAUUUCUGCUUUUUUUUUAAGAAAUAAGAUGUUCUAAUAAUAUUUAAACUCAGUGAAUAUAAUUAUUGAUUUAUAAUGAUUUUAAUAAUUAAUUUUAUUUUUUCCCUAGUUAUGGACCCAAAAAAAAGUAAUGUAUUUUAUGGUGCAGCCAAAAAGUAUUUAAUUGAUAACUUCGCAUUGCCAGCUCAAACCAGUGAGUGUAUGAAUGGGUACAUUCUUUUUGUCUCUGCCAGAUGCAGAGAAUCAGCAACUAAAACUUACGAUCAAAUCACUAAUAUUUUAGAAUCAUAACAUCAAAAAUUCAAAUUGAAAAUGUGGUGAAAAAACAACAAAUCUGGGCAAAGCAUUUUUUAGAAUAAGUUAUUAUGAACAAUUUUUGGCCUUUUGCUGUGAGCUCUAUGCAAACCCUAAUACUGCUGAUGUAUUUUUAUCAGCUUCAACACAUACAAUACAGUCAUUACAGACUACAAACAUUAGUUUAAUUACAACAUGAUCUGUAAUUGUACCACCUCACCAAGGCAAUAUUUUAUCUUCAUUGCAAAUUGAACUUAAAACCUCAGUUUUUAAUGAAAAUAUAUCAAACAGAAAUGCUUCAGGAGAGGCUAUGACGCCUAGGAAAAAAAAGCUAAGAACUAGAUUUUUUUAUUUAUCUUCACAGUUGGCUAACUCUUUUACUAAACACAAAAGCAAGAUAACAGAAGUAAAAAGAAAAUUAAUUAUCAUGCCGUACAAAUUAAAAGUUUUAAAGCAAAGUGUAAAAAGAAAGGUAAAGAAUUUAAUCUUUAAGAGCUGAGGUCAGAGAUUUGAAAAAAAAAAUUACAAACAUAUUAUUACAGUAGGCGAAUUUGUAAUAUUAAUGCUACAAAAAAGGCAAUGAAAGUUAAAGAAAGAAAAAAGUAUAGAAAUGAAACUCUCAAACAUAAUGCUGCUAUUAAAAAAAAUACACUGGUUAUAACUAGCUUAGAAAAUGAUAUAACCAAUAUAGAGGAGGGCAAUUUACAUAAUACAAAUAUAUCAGAUAGUAAAACUUAUCCAUUACAAAUGCGGAUGACAAUUUGUAGCAUGAUAUUGUUCAACGUCCCAACUGGUAACAUUCCAUUUUUAGUAGGUAAAAUUGCUCAAUAUUUAGGUUUUGUGUUUUCUCAAAUUCCUCACUGUAAAACUGUGGACCAAAUGGCUCGUGAGCUUGGCAGUAUCGCAGACCUCCAAGUAGCAGAAUGGACCAUUUAUAAAUUAUUUAAUGGGUUUGACGCAACAGUAUUCACUUAACGUCCAAAAUCAAAUGCCAGGUUAUUGCUAUCAACCAGUUACCGGGUGGGACAGCUUUUGACUAUGCAAACCACAUAUGUAACAAAGUUGAUCAUACUGCUAUAGUUUAUUCAGAGUUUCAAUUAAGUUCCUAAUUAAAGUCCUAGAAUGUCGUUGUUUGGUCACCUCAAAUACAUCAAACACCAUGUCAGAGUUUCCGUUAACUAUCUUGCAACUAUAAAAGUUGGUAAAAUCUGGGCUAAAAAUAUUAACGAGCUUAACUGCAUUUGUACUUUCUUGACACAACGUUUAGCAAUAAAGUGACUGGAAAUUGAAACUUGUUAAUUAUUUGGAUAUAAACGUAUGGCAGUCAGAAUUAUUUUGGCUAUGAAUAAGAUGAGAUUUAAAGUCGUCAAAGGUGAUCGACAGGGAUUUGUAAAUUUUUUAGACAAUAAUGAGUUGCCACGAGGUAUUAUUCCAAGGUAUCGUGGAAACCGCUUUCAUAUACGGUUCCACACUUGUUUCAUUUUUGUAAAACACUUUGAUAAUUUUAUGAAAUUUUUGACAAUUAGUGCGGUAAAGCGAAAAACCUUACAAAAAUCUCUGCGGGAAGCAUUUUGUAAUACAACUGCUAUAAAACAAAUACGUGUGCUUGCAUUAUUUAGAAAAAUUGUAAUAGGGCCCUGGAUGACAAAAGUUUAUGGAUCAUCUUAAAAAGCAAAAUUUGAUAAUGUUGGUGGUAUUUCAAUAAUUAAAAAACUUGUGCAAACAGUUGAAGAUUGCAAAUGUGAUCCAGCAGCACUGUUUUGCAAAACAACAGACUUUUUUGGAAAAACUCUCUUUCCAAAUAUUUUUGAACCAAUAACAAAAAUAUGUGCAAAUAAUACUUAGAUUAUCACUAUGAAUAAAGCUUGUCUCAUUGCAACAAACGAGGUUUUGAAUCAGCAGUAUAAGCGCCAUUUUUCCACUAUAAUUACAUAGGAACUUCUAGAGGAAACAGCAAGUGCACGGCUUCAUAACAUAGACAGCGAGGAGUUAAAGGGAAUGUUUAGUGCUGCAAAAGGAAGAUCCCCUAAUGCAACAAUUUAUUAUAUAUCUUGCAAAUUAAGAACCAAGAAGAAUAGGAUACUGUGGAUUAUCUUGACAAUCUUAAUAAUUUUUGUGGACAAAAUGUAAUUAAACGGGCUAUUUAGGCAGCACAAAAAAAUCGAAUAAAAACUCGACUCGAACUGAGAUUUCAAAGUAGUGGAACUUGCAAAAAAUUUGUAUCGCAAGUAUUGGAACUUGCGAAAAGGUGCAGCAAGUAGUGAAACUUGCAACUUUUUCGAUAGACAAUUACAUUCACGUCGUGUCUAUUGUUAACAAUGACUAUUAUUUAGUUUCAUUGUUGGAAUUUAAUAAUAAUCAUUAACUUAACGCUAAGACAAAAAUAAACUAAAAUAUCAUUUUAAAACAUUUUUGUACUUGUUUAUUUUUUUUAGGUUGAAGGAGGUCAUCCCCCACAUUCAACAAAAAAAUUUCUAUAACCUUGUAAAGAGAUCUUUAGUCAGGUGCAUCUUGUAAUAUGUUAUCAAACAAAUUUCAAAAUGGCUACUAAAAAUUUUACAUCAGCACAAUUGAAAGAUAUUUUGGAAAUUCAUGAAAAUACUUUUAUGAAGAUGUUUAAUGAUAGAAUUGAAAAGCUUGAAAACAAAUUAAACUCAGUAAUUGACGAGAAUAAGGAACUAAAAAAGGAAUUAGGCGAACUUAAUAAAGCUGUUGAAUUUGUAAGUAAUAAUUAUGAUAAAAUAGUUGCUGAUCAUCAAACAUCAAAAACAUCAUUGAUAAAUGAAUAUGCAAAUUCUAACAUGAUUAACAAAUUGGCUGAACUUGAAGACAGAAGUCGACGCAACAACUUAAGAUUCUGUGGGAUUGAAGAAGUUGAAAAUGAAAGCUGGGAGGACAGUGAAAAUAAAGUAAGAGAAUUUUUAAAUAAUAUACUUCAGCUACACGGAAAAUUUGAAAUUGAAAGAGCACAUCAAGUCGGAAAGAAACUACCUGAAAACAAUAAAAAAAACAGAUCGAUCGUAGUCAGAUUUCUUAACUACAAAGACAAAGCCACGAUUUUAAGAAAAUACACGACGAUGAAAUUGUGGACUCAAAAGGUUUACAUAAAUGAAGAUUAUAGUGAUCAUACGAUGGAAUUGCGAAAAAAACUCCUGAAUGAGGCAAAAGAUUUAAGGGCAAAGGGUAAGUACGCUAAAGUUAUAUAUAAUAAAUUAAUCACACGGGAUUUAUAAAGAAAUUCUUUGAUCUUAUUUCGAUUAUGAAAAAACAAAAAUAAAAUGGAUUCUAACGAAACCUUAAAUUUUGAGUCUAGUUUUUAUAAUUUUUUUCAAACAAAUGAUUUCUUAUUAGAUGAUGAAUCUGAUCUUGAUCUUAAUUAUUUUUCUAAUUCUGGUGCUUUGCAAAAUAAAUGUAACUACUUUUAUACCCAUGAAAUUAAAGGAUUUCUUGAUCAAAAUAAUAUUAACACAAUUCACAUUAAUAUCCGCAGUUUAAAAAAAAAAUUUGAAAUCUUUUGUAAUUUUAUUGAAGAAACUUGUAAUCUAUUUAAUAUAAUUUGCUUAACAGAAACAUGGUGCAGUUCAGAUGACGUAAAUUUUUUUACCAAUUUUGAACUGCCGGGUUUUAAUGUAAUUUCAUUAGCACGAAAAACAAAUAAGCGUGGCGGAGGCGUUCUUAUUUAUGUUAAAAAUAACUUACGAUAUUUUACCCGGCAUGACAUGAGCAUCUCUGAUGCUGAUAAAGAGGUUUUAACGAUUGAAAUUUUAACCAAUAAAAUAAAAAAUAAAAUUCUAAGUUGUUGUUAUCGCCCACCUUCAGGUGAAAUUAAAAAUUUUAAUUCGUUUUUAUCUAAUGACGUUAUUAAAAAAAGUAACCACGAAAAUAAAUUUAUCUACUUAGUGGGUGAUCUGAAUUUAGAUUGUUUUCAAUACCACGCACAGUGGGCCAGUAGGUGGACAAAACUAAAAAAAUUUAUGUCUGAAAACUGAAAUUCUUUUUAAAAAGUUUUUACUUAGAUACAUUGAGGACCUUAAAAAUAAUUACAAUAAAUUAAAAAAAUAUAUAUUCUCAA